ACUCUCUAACGAACUGGCGAAUAACAAAGAGAGAAUGAAUUCUUCAAUCGGAAACUGGAAACACACUGUUCUCUACUUAACCCUAAUCGUAUCUCUUCUCUACUUCAUCGAAUCCCUAAUCUCACACAAAUUACACAUCAACCAUAACAAAAUCCACCUGAAAAGGUCUCGUAAUCUUCCUCUACGAUUCCGUGACGAUGGCACCUUCAAAAUCCUCCAGGUCGCUGAUAUGCAUUUCGGAAUGGGGAUUAUUACUCGGUGCAGAGAUGUGUUGGAUUCUGAAUUCGAGUAUUGUUCUGAUCUUAAUACGACUCGGUUUCUUCGGAGAAUGAUUGAAGCUGAGAGACCUGAUUUGAUCGCUUUUACUGGGGAUAACAUAUUUGGAUCAAGUACUACUGAUGCAGCUGAAUCUCUUCUUGAAGCUAUUGGUCCAGCUAUUGAAUAUGGAAUUCCAUGGGCUGCCAUUUUAGGAAAUCAUGACCAGGAAUCUACUUUGAACCGUGAAGAGUUGAUGACUUUCCUUUCUCUUAUGGAUUUUUCUGUCUCUCAAAUCAAUCCACUAGUUGAAGAUGACUACGAUAAAAUCAAAGGAGGCGCAAUGAGAUUAAUCGAUGGCUUUGGGAAUUACCGUCUCAGAGUGUAUGGUGCUCCUGGUUCCGUUCUGGCUAAUAGCACUGUCUUUGAUCUCUUCUUUUUUGACAGUGGAGAUAGAGAAAUAGUGCAAGGUAAACGAACUUAUGGAUGGAUCAAGGAAUCCCAACUUCGUUGGCUUCAAGAUACUUCUAAACAGAGGAUUGUCGGUAAUCCACCAGCGUUAGCCUUCUUCCACAUCCCAAUCCUGGAAGUACGUGAUCUGUGGUACACGCCCUUUAUCGGCAAGUUUCAGGAAGGUGUGGCAUGCUCCAUUGUUCAGUCAGGAGUCUUACAGACCUUUGUGUCCAUGGGAAAUGUAAAAGCUGCGUUCAUGGGACACGACCAUGUCAAUGAUUUCUGUGGAAAUCUAAAAGGGGUAUGGUUUUGUUACGGUGGAGGAUUCGGAUACCAUGCUUACGGAAGACCAAAUUGGCACAGAAGAGCAAGAGUGAUAGAGGCUAAGCUUGGGAAAGGAAGAGACACAUGGACAGGAAUUCAACUUAUUAAGACUUGGAAACGUCUAGAUGACCAAGAUUUGAGCAAAAUAGACGAACAAGUCCUAUGGGAAACUUCCGACUCAUUUCUGAAGUGAUCCAACGGACAAAACAUAUAAGUAAGAUACAACGGUGGUGGUGUAUAACUGGAAAACUACAUUGUUGUGGUCUCCCGAGACUUUGAUCUGUCU